UAAACGCGCGCCACCCCUCCGGAGCUUUGAAAGGCCAACAACGACCCCCAGAGCAGCAGGAAAAGCAGCAGACCAAAGUGCGAGAAGAACCAGCUCUCGUCUCGUGUGCUUUCCGUCCUGUGGAUCUAUUCCUCUCGACAAAACCCGACCGACAAGCAUGAGCUGCAGGCGCGGCGAGGAUCUGGCCGCGGCGGCGCGCCACCGGCAGGAGGACCACGACGACGAGCUGUUCGAGGCGGCCUCGUCGUCCGGCGAGGAGUCCGCCGACGAGGAAGACCGGUUCCCCGACCAGGAGAGUACUGCCCGGCGGCCGCCAGCCCCGCCGCAGCCGCUGCGGCGGAUGAACUCCGACAGCGUCUACGACAUGUCCGGCAUGACGGCCCAGCUCCCCGCCAAGAAGGGGCUGUCGAUGUACUACCAGGGCAAGUCGCAGUCGUUCGCGUGCAUGACCGAGGUGAGGAGCCUGGAGGACCUGCAGAAGAAGGAGAAGAAGAAGACGCCGCGCGCUCGCGGGGAGCAGAGUAGUAAUAAGAUGAAGCCCUGCAAGAGCUACGCCGCGCUGGGGGCCAUGGCCGGCAGCAACAAGGCGGCGGGUUCUUGCGCUAACCUGAGCCAGCUGAUGGACGGCAACGGCUUCAUGGCUGCUCCCCGGAUCCCUGUCAACGAGAACUGCUGCUACCGUCAGUAGGACAGGGGAUCGAGCGCUGUACUAGACGGAGUAGAUCGUAGGGAUGGAUGUUUUUUUGAUGGUGUUGAGAUCUCUUAAAUUUGUUCUGCUUGAUUGCCCGCUAGUAGCUCUUCUUGCGGGCAAUUUUUUGUUGCGGGCGCAUUUGUCUGUGGAUGAUUUAUGAGGUGUUCCUUGGCUCUGCCAUCAACCGGUAAACGUUUGAUGUUCAUCUUAAGACAUUUUAUCAGGCUGCGAUGUAAAUAUAUGGAGGAGUAUGUUCUAGUGCGAAAAA